AUGACGGACCUCAAAGAUCUUUCUGCACAAUCGCUCUUCAAUGUCAAAGGCUGGGUAGCUGUUGUGACGGGCGGCGGCACAGGCCUAGGACUCAUCACAGCAAAAGCACUGGCAGCGAACGGCGUCAAAGUCUACAUCACCGGCCGUCGGGUUGAAAAGCUCAAGGAUGCCGAGAUGCAGGACUCAUCUUCCGGUGGAUCGAUCACUGGUCUGCAGAUGGACGUGACCGACAAGGAUAGCAUCAAAGCAGGAGUCACGGAGAUCUCCGGAAAGGAGAAAUGUGUCAACCUCCUGAUCAACAAUGCUGGCGUCACAAGCGUCAAUUAUGGCGAGAAGGGCAUGCCCGAGGGCAGUGUGGCGGAAGUCAGCGAGGCUAUGUUUGCGAGUCAGGGGUUCGAAGAAUGGACGUCAAUCAACAAGGCUACGCCUAGACUUCUACUCACUAUGACCAGGGUCAAUGUCGCAUCCUACUACUUCACUUCUGUAGCUUUCCUGCCACUAUUGACCGCAGCUCGAGAUCACGGCUACUCGGAAGCCGGCAGCAUCCUCAACAUCUCCUCGAUCUCUGGUAUCACCAAGGCUUCCCAGAACGGCCAAUUCAGCUACAAUGCGAGCAAAGCAGGCACUAUCAGCCUCACAGAGCAGCUCGCAGUCGACUUUAAACGUCCUGAUAUUGAAGUACGGGUCAAUACCUUAGCUCCAGGAUACUUCCCGAGUGAGAUGACCCCUAUCGACAAGGAGGAUGGCAACGAGAAGAAGCACUUCAGGGAGAAGUGGGGCAUCCCAUUCGGCCGAGCAGGAAAUCCUCGAGAUUAUGCUGCUGCCAUCCUAAACUUUGCUGUCAACCAGUACGUGACUGGAAGUACUCUCACGAUAGAUGGAGGAUGGCUCUUGGCCAGCGUUUAG